GCUGUUUACUUGCAAUCGGAUGCAUGCUCCCGUAAUCUCGAACGUCAAUGUGCCUAACCUAAUAAACCCGGUGAUCUGUUGCGUUCAUUAGUUCCUAUCACUUGUAAUUUUUCGGGUAAUAACAGGAGUUCGCAUGAUACGACCUUCCUCAAUCUAGAUUCAACAAAUUCACACUCUUAAUUAUUUUUUGUAUUUUUUAUUUAUUUAUUUUUUUUUCGAUAGACGACGCUCCCCGAGAUGCUAGUAUAUAGCUUUGUUCUACGUGUCGUCGCAUUAUGUUACUAUCUUGCCCUCGGACACAUUGGAGAUGUAGUGCUCCUCUUUCUUUUCUUCUUUUGGCUUAGAGGCUCCAUUUUCCCCAGGUUCCUCGAGAUUAGCUAUGCCAAGGUAUCUCUUGGGGCGGUAACAGUGGCUACAGCCGCUCUCAUCUAUUCCACAAAAGUACGACGUCGUGGCCAAUCUGUACAGCUCUCUGUGCCAUGGAACGGUCCAGGGCGACCGUUGCUAUUCCCUUGCCGGACUACGCAUACCAGAUUAAUUCCCAAGAAGCAUUCCUUUUCUUAUUCGUAUCUCUUAGUUGGGAUACCUGUCGGUUGGACAGGUGUCGCUGGCGGCAUGAUCUCAAAUGACGAAAAUAAAACGGGAGUUGAAGGUUGGUACAAGAUUGAUGCUUCGGAUUACCUAAAUAGGGGGAACGGACAUCUUGGACUAAGAGGCGAGUUGGAUACUUACCUCGAAUCUCAAGGUGUUGUUGCUUCCAAGUACCCGUAUGCGUAUUUGGUUACUGCUGCAAAAUUUAUGGGUUACCAUUUCAACCCUAUCUCCUUUUGGUAUCUCUACUCCGCGGAUAAGCACCUGACAGCAAUGAUUCUUGAAGUUAAUAAUACGUUUGACGAGAGGCGGAUGUAUUUCCUAACAAUCGACAACGCAAUAGAAUCGUUAGAAGCAUCUCAGAAUAGCACCCUAGAAGAAAUCAUUUCAACUCAGAAAACCGGUUACUCGAAGCCUUUAAGACAGACUUGGCCAAAAGACUUUCACGUGUCUCCCUUUAACUCUAGAAACGGCACAUACUCGCUUACCGCUCAUGACCCAUUUUCUCCAAAUAUGGAUGGUCAAGGGCUAAUUAAUAAUACGAUAAAUCUUAUAUCUUCCAAGAAUCACAAGAAACUGGUUGCUCGCAUCUUCUCAGAAGGCGAUGCUAUCGACCCCUCAGAGAUGACUUUCUAUCAGAAAUUCAAGUUUCUGGCUUCGUGGUGGUGGGUAGGUUUCGUCACAUUGCCUAGGAUUGUUAAAGAAGCUGCAGUUAUAUCCUUCCAGAAGAAGCUCCAUGUUUGGUAUCGGCCGGAGCCUCUAAAAACGAGCAUUGGUCGACAUGCUAACAAGGCGGAAGUCCAACUUGAGCCUCUAUUCAGAAGAUAUUUAAGGUAUUUAGUGGAACAAUCCCCAGAAUCAUUGACUGUACGAUACGUUCCUUGUGGCAUUCCCGACGCGUCCAUCGAAACCAUGGUGUCGACGCCAGGGAGGGAGGAGCCCGUCAGUGCCAAGGAAUUGGAGUUUAAAGUCUUGACACCUGCAUUUUAUUCGAGAUUCGUAUACUACGCUCACGAUUUUGAGGUUAUAUUCUGUGAGUUGAGCGAAAGCAACACGAUAUGGGUAUCGAAUCCUAAGUUGUUGCCAAGGCUGUUCGUGAAAAAGCAGCCGCCUCCGCCAUUCCAAACAGCAAAUUAUUUGGAUUAUGCCUGUUUUAUGGCUAUCAAGGAGCUACGGCAGAGACCUGAGAGAAUUGAGAGACCGUUGACUUCGAGCCAAGCCAAGUCAACUACGCGGCCUCAAAAGGAUAUUCGCGGCUUUCGACUUUCAUCUAUGGACGGAUAUGUUUUGUCUCACGAGGAUGAUAAAUCCAGACGAGCAUACAUAAACUCGGUAUUGGCGUUGUUCCUGGCGGACAGAAUCGCCUUGGGCAGCGUGGAUAUCCUCCAACUCGAACUUUGGGCUUUCAGGUUAUUACUGGCUUGGGCUUUGAAUUCUUAAAAUGACCUCGGAACACCCCUUGUUGGCAUCUCAGGGCACAAGCAAGAGGUGAGCUCGGUCGGUCUACUUUAAUUAUUUGAA